AUGGCUUCACCUAACUCCCACCAACUCGUCUCUUCUGGAGCAGAGUCGGACAUUCUUCAGCUCAAGAAGCGAGGUGAUGUGCCCGCUGCUCGCAGAGAGAGGAUGGGAGUGCUGAGCUCAGGCAGCGCUUCCUCGGCCCACUUGAAAGUGCGCUCUCCAGCUGUUGACGCUUCUCAAGUUACGCCUCUCGUCCAGAAACAAGCUCACGGCGGUGAAGUUGCUCAUCUCGAGAAGCGCCAAAGCCUUGGCCAGCCCUUCACGGUUACGCUCGCUGGCACUGCGUAUGAAGGCACCUUCACCACUGAGGGUCAGCUUGUAGCUACGCAGGCCCUUGUGAGCGGGAACCGCUGUUCCCACUUCCACGACCUUGAGUGUGCCGACAGAGACUGCCGACCCGGGUUACACAAGUCUCUGUACCGACUAUCCCAGAGCUUCGAUUUGCGAAUGGUCUCGAGGAGCAAACCCCACUGCAGGCAAAAACGAUGGCGGCUUUACCCCAAACAACUCAACAGAAGCACCUGCCAACAUUGGGGGCGUCGCUAACACAAACUCAUCAUCGGCAAGUCCAUUUCCUGCUAGCAGUGAUGGUUCGUCCUCCGGAAAUGCAAUACUGCCCGGCCCGGCAAAACCAGAGGGGUCUUCUGGCACCAACUCAAAUAACGGCGGCAAGUCCAACACUGGCGCCACUGUAGGCGCAGCCGUCGGCUGUCUCCUCGGAGGUUUGCUCAUCGGCGCCCUCUUCGCAUUGUGGUUCCUCCGCCGUCGCCACAGAAAUCGUGUUGCUGCGAUGCAGCGAGCACACGAGAGCGACCUGGCCAGAUACUCGGACAAGGGUACUGAAGGCAUGACCGUCUUGCCAUACAAGUCGGAGCGUCCAAACAAUAAGGCACUAGAGACUGCACGCCAGCGCAUCAAGACGCUCGAAGCUGAACGAAACGCGGCCAGCGCCUUUGGAGAUACGCUGGACAAGCUGAGCGAGCGCGAGCUCGUCGACAAGCUGGGCAGCGUCAAUCGACGACUCGAACAGACAGCAAUGGCGAUCUCGAGGGCUGCUGACCACGGCAACGACGUUACAGCUUCGCGCCUUCAGAGCAGCGGUAGCCUGCCAAAGAGCGUCCCUAGCUUUGCAAGAGCUGCACUCAGCUCGAUCGUCGCCAACAACAAGACGGCAAGUCUUGACAAUGUGCUGAAGCACGUCGUCAAUGCUGUCCUCGUCGAGCAGCUUUGCCAGCCCUUGUGAGUUCAUUCUGUUUUGCGCUCGCCCCGCCGCCGCCGCCACGACUGACACGUCGCUUCGCUCACAGCUGCUUCGUUGGCAAAGCCUCGGAGAAUGAUUCUUUCGCAAGCCUGGAAGUCAGCGUUCUUCGCCAAUUCGACCAGGCGCGCGCCGCUCGUUGGAGAGUCAUGGCACACGCUGGUCUUCGCGAGGCUAGCGGUGAUCCUCAAGGCCGUGCAGCUGUGCGAAACACGGUUCAACAAGCCAUCAGCGCGCUCACCGACGUCCUGGUCUGGUCUGGGGCCGAGAGCAGCCGUUCCGCAGCGAGCGCAAAAGCCAACAAGGAGCUUCCCAGACUCGAAGAGGCGGUCAAGAUGCUGAUCGCGCUCGUCAUUGAGCUGAAGGAGAAAAUGUCCAGCGCCAACUUUGCGAUCACCAGCGCUAGUGGCAUCGCAAGCACCUUCGUCCUUACCGUCGCUCUUGGGCUGCAAUCCACCGUCGCUACAGCUACGCAGCCAAAGAUUCUCCUCCCCGCUGUUUCUGCUUGA